AUGGCCGACGCCGAGAAGCAGACGAUUCACAUUGAUGAGGAGGUCGGGCAAGAUACCCCAGAAGCUGACGGAUCGCAAACAAAGCCAUACAAGACACUGCAAUUCGCAUAUCUCCAGCAUCUGGACCAAGCACAAUAUCUAGUCAAGAAGAAGGAGAACGAUGAUGAGCCAGCAGUUUACAAGCCAGCCGCGAAGGCUGCUAUGAAGAAAGCUGUCAACUAUGCCGACCAGCAAAAGAAGAAGGCAGGCAAAGAGAAAGAGCUCGCUUUGAGAAUCGCGAAAGAACAAGAGGAAAGAGAAAAGACAGUCGCUGCAGCCAAGAGCAUCAUUAUCACGGAGGACAAGAGCUUGCCAGAGGCUAAGCCGAUUAUACUUGAUGACACUCGACCAGGGCUCAAGGAUACGCGGGUGAAGGUCACCGGUAUGCUUGCAUCAAAAUCUGCUAGUAGAACUAUACUGACAAGAGAAGGUCGCGUACAUCGCCAGCGGCAGCAGAAAGAGCUCCUGUUCAUUACUUUGAGGGAUGGCUCUGGGUUCAUGCAAUGCGUACUGACCGGCAACCUCGCUAAGACCUACGAUGCAAUUACUCUGACCCGUGAGACGAGCAUGGCCAUCUUCGGCAAGUUGAAGGACGUACCAGCAGGCGCACAUGCCCCUAACGACCGCGAACUGCAAGCCGACUAUUUCGAAAUCAUUGGCAAGGCGCCAGGCGGUGAAGAUGCGAUCACCAACAAGGUACAAGAAAAGGGUGAUGCUCAGACACUUCUCGAUCAACGACAUUUGACGCUUCGUGGUGAGGAGCGUUCGUCAGUCAUGUGGGUACGUCACGCCGUGGAGAAAGCUUUCAACGACAUCUACGAUGAACUCGGAUACCUCAAGGUGUCACCGCCCGCCUUCGUGCAGACUCAAGUCGAAGGCGGCGCCACACUCUUUACCCUUGACUACUAUGGAGAACCAGCAUACCUCACACAAUCCUCUCAGCUCUAUCUCGAGACCGUCCUCCCAUUUGGUGGCAACACCUACUGCAUCGAAAAAUCAUUCCGCGCCGAGAAGUCUUUAACUCGUCGCCACUUAUCAGAGUACACCCACGUCGAAGCCGAGCUUGACUUCAUCAACUUCAACGACCUCCUCCAGCAUCUUGAAGACAUGAUCUGUGGCGUGCUCGAGAGAGUCAUGGCCAGACCACGAAUCGCCAAAAUGAUCAAGGAACUCAAUCCCGACUUCAAAAUGCCAGAGCGACCUUUCAUGCGAAUGCGAUACUCCGACGCAAUUGACUGGCUCCGCGAACAUGAAAUCCCAAACGAAGAAGGUCAACCACACAACUUCGGCGACGACAUCGCCGAAGCCGCCGAGCGCAAGAUGACCGACAUCAUCAACCGACCCAUCUUCCUCACACAUUUCCCAGUCGAGAUCAAAUCUUUCUACAUGCAAAAAGACAAGGAAGACCCACGUGUCACGGAGUCAGUAGAUGUCCUUAUCCCGGGCGUUGGUGAAAUUGUCGGUGGUUCGAUGCGCAUGCACGACUACGACGAGCUCAUGGCCGCGUACAAGCGUGAAGGCAUGAACCCAGCUCCAUACUACUGGUAUACUGAUCAACGUCGCUACGGUACUUCGGAGCACGGUGGAUAUGGUUUGGGUAUGGAACGCUUCCUAGCAUGGCUGUGCAACCAAUUCACCGUGCGAGAAUGCUGCUUGUAUCCGCGGUAUAUGGAGCGCUGCAAGCCAUAG